AUGCAAGGAAACAGUAAUCACACUACCAAGGAUGAAUUCAAUCAAAGCAAUGCAAGUCAAGAACUUGUUCCCGAGCCUGUGACCAGUUUUCCGGAGAUGCAGAGACAAGUCAACCACAACCUCUUGCCUUAUGACUCAGCCUCUCCUGAUUCUCUAUCGCACGUGGCUACGUUUCUCACUCAGGAUAGCUCGGCCCCUCUUGUAAUCGAAAUUUAUGGUAGAAGGAUGAGGUUCCUCUUCGAAAAAGAACUUCAGAAAAGUGAUAAAGCAGCCGAAGAUUAUCUCCCACCUCUUGAUGCUAAGGAAGGGAUCUUCAUUAACAUGGAGGAUAUGGAUGGUCAGAGACUAUGGAACUUCAAGUUUAGGUUUUGGCCCAAUAAUAAAAGCCGAAUGUAUGUGCUUGAGAACACUGGGAAUUUUGUGAGCACACAUGGCUUGGAACGUGGGGACUUCUUAAUGUUCUAUAAAGAUGAUGAAAACCAGAAAUAUGUCAUUCGAGCUCGAAAAUCUCUGGAUAACAUGGUUCCUGUGCCCAUAGUAGUAGAAGAUCCAGCUGCAAGCGUACCAUCAUUCUUCAGUGACAACAACAGCUUCAUGGAUGAAUUCCCGAUAUCCUUACCAGGUGAAUCUGUGGUAGCUGACUACCCAAGUCUUGAACCACUAACAAGCUUUGGAUCUGUGGAGAAUGUCACCAUUGACGACUUGUUUUAAUGAAAGUAAUACAAUAGUACUACUGCAUGGCCGCCAGUUGCCAUAUUUUAUCCAAUAAUGAUAGUAGGUGAUAACUCAUUUGCGAUUGUUGAACUGAAACCAUACUUCUUGGUAUAUAUUAUAUGCAUGAUUUAAUUUGAGUCAUUUA